AUGUCGACCGUCGCUGAUCUCUGCCCCGUCUACUCGCCGUUCUUCGGUGUGAUGGGCUGCACCGCCGCCAUUGUCUUCACCUGCAUUGGUGCUGCCUACGGCACUGCCAAGUCUGGUGUUGGAAUCUCGGCCAUGGCCGUCCUCCGCCCCGACCUGAUCAUCAAGUGCUCGAUUCCCGUCGUUAUGGCUGGUAUCAUUGCCAUUUACGGUCUCGUCGUCUCGGUCCUGAUCUCCAACAACCUCGCCUCUCCCCUCCCCCUGUACACUGGCUUUGUCCAGCUCGGUGCCGGCCUCUCGGUCGGUCUUGCCGGUCUUGCCGCCGGUUUCGCUAUCGGCAUCGUCGGUGACGCCGGUGUCCGCGGUACCGCCCAGCAGCCCCGUCUCUUCGUCGGCAUGGUUCUUAUCCUCAUUUUCGCCGAGGUUCUGGGUCUUUACGGUCUCAUUGUCGCCCUUAUCCUCAACACCAACGCCAGUGUCUCGUACACCUGCCCCCUUCCCUCGGCGCUCCUUGCUUAA